AUCCUCAUCAUCUCUCUCUAUAAAAACCCUAAAACCACCAUUAUUUUCUGAACAUAUACAAUAAGAAAGUAAGCCCUCUCUUCACAUCCCCACAUAUCUAUCUUCUCUAUAGGUUUCGCUCCCUUCUCUCUAAGUAACAGUCGGUUUGGGUCCAUCGACCAACGCAAGAAAACAAAAAUCCAAACCUGCCCAUCAUCGGUUGUUACACAGAGAAGCUAACUGAAAAGAAUAAUAAUUUUAAUACAUAUAUUGAAAUCAUGGGUUUUCUUCAUAAGCUCUGGGACGAAACGCUUGCUGGGCCCGCACCCGAGACGGGGCUUGGCAAACUAAGGAAGUACGAUUCAUUCUCCGGGACACGAUCUCUUCAUUCACCAGCUGUUGUUAAUGGAGCUGCUGAUGUUGCGGUCACAAGGAGUAUUACGAUUCUUAGAAGAAACUCUGAUUUCAGAAGUUUAUCCCUGGAUCCUGGUUCUACUCCGGAGUCUCCUGCUGGGCCUCUCACCCCAAGAACUCCUUUGUCACCCGGGACACCAGGCGGGGAUUUCAAGAAAUUUACGAGAAGAAAAUUCUCACCAGAGGCAUUAGAACGUGAUGCUGAGCCUAGAAGUCCGACUGUUGAAGAUUGGAUCGUGAUAAGUGCUUUGGAUCGUUGAGGAGAGUUAAAAUGGCGAUUUUGCAAGAAAAAAUCGGCAGCAACAUACUAUGUACAUACCUAACAGUACCUUUGUGGAAAUUAUAUAUAAUAUAUAUCUAUAUGAAUAUGUAGCCUAAGCUCUAUAUAUAUAUAAUGGCAACUACAUGAAUUAAUAAGAGUGGUUCGAGGGCCAGAGGAUCGGCCAUGGCAGAAGCUAGGUAGCUGAACCAAUGAAUGAUGCUUCUAGGAGUUUCAGAAAGAGGAAAUGAAUAGUUGGAGAUCUAGCUUUCUAAUUUUAGACUUUGCUUUUGAAUUGGGAGUUUUAGUUUUCUUUUGUGUUGAUAACGAUGAAGACCCUUUUGUAUAUAAUGUUGCUGGGUCUGGCCGUUUGCAAUUCGGUUUUAGUUUUCUGUACAGAUGGAUUGUGUAUCCUGAUUCCUCUUUCAAUGAAAUAUACUGAAGCUUAUUACAAA